AUGGCCGCCAAUGGAGGCCAACCACCACCAGAACACCACGCCUGUAAAUGUUUGAACAUCCGCAUCCGUCCCCAGCCGAACAAGGAUACCCCGCCACCCGCCGAGGCAGGCUUCAAAUCAAUCUACGUUGGUGAAGAGGGUAUCCGUGUCGCGCACCCAGAGGUCACCCUCAGGAGUCGCAGCAGAGCCGUUCCUUUGUCUGGCUCUCCCACCGCAGAGCUCACCCGCUUCAUCACCGUGACAUGUCUCGUGUGCGGCCUUCUCACCUACCGUGUCUCCCAACGGGUUACUCCGGAUCUGAGUACCGACGAAGGCCCGGUGCUCCCGACGGACGAUUGGGUGGAGAAGGAGUUGUGCAAGAGCUCUAACGGUUGGAUCGAGGUUUACCAGGAAAGCCUGGUGAGUAGCAUAUUCCUUCUUCCCCCUGGCUUGCUUUCGCCUGUGGCGCAGCCCUCGCCAUUCCAAUGGCCCAGUAUCUCGCGCGGCCCCAUCUGUAGCGCAGCUACUGGCGCCGCGUCCAUCGUCGUAACACUAUUGACAUCGUACUAUGUCCAGAUCGGCAAUGAGGUCACGCAAGCAGAAUCAUCUCCAAUGUACUCCAAGCUAUUCCGACUCAUCCUUCCCGGCGGAACACCCCCGUCUGCCGCUUCUGCAACUUCGGAGGGCGAAGCACCCAAGGUUGAGAACGCGCGAGGUCCGUCCGAACAAGGGAAGAAACACCUUCCCGAACUGCCAGCGCUAUUCCUCCCACCCCCAUUCACCCCGUCGAAUGUCGUCUUCUCUCACCUGUCCGCAUUGGCAAGUGAGCAGUCGCAGAAGCUCAGGGACGAGGCGGAAGAAUACAUCGCGCAGGUGACCGAGCGGAAAGUGGCCGAGGUUCUCAGAGCCGAGGCGGCACUCAAGCGAGAAGUCGACCUCAUAUGGGGUCGGUUCAGGGAGAACUUGGUGCUCCAGCAGCAGGCGGGGUCGGCGGUCUCUCCUAUACGUCGUCGUUCGAGUGUCUCUGGCCAUGUACGAGCGGCGAGCAAUCCCGCGCCCGAAACCUCCACCUCCGUUCGGAUCAGCAGCUUCGUCCCCACCCCGACCCAGUCCAAUAGGAGCUCCCCAACUCAUCGUCAGGCUGUGUCUUCUGCGCUGUCGGCGUCAUUGAAGACCUCGGGAAUGCAGUACCCUGGCGCCCAGCGCGAAGUGAACGGUAACGGGAACGGGAUCGCGUCUCCUGUCCGUCGCGCCGGGCGUUCGCCCCCCUCGCCAGCGAGGUCAAGUACGACUCGCGUUCAUUCCACGUCGACGGCAUCCUCGCGUACGGCAGCUCUAUCCAUUGACGCAGAGACUAGCAUCCGGGAAGCCUACCGUCGCGAGAUGGAUGAGUCGAAGGACAUGGCGACCAGCUAUCGCUAUACCAUGAACAUUGAGGCACAGAUGGAGCAGCAGAGGUUGCAGACCCUUGCUGAGGCAGAGGCCGUGCCCCCACCAGCUGCUUCGCCACCAACGCCGUCCACUUCAUCUCACGUGCCUGCUGAUGGCGCCGCGACAACCACGGCUGCUGGACGCUCCACGCGCGUUCACAAAAGCGCUAUCAAGAAUCCAGCCCCUCCUGCGAACCGAUCGGCAUCGCCCAAGGAUAAGGCCAAGGCAGGAGCGAUACCGGAGGAUAACAAAGACAGCAAGGGGAAGAGGAAAGUCACGUUCGACGUUCAGCCUGAGGUCGCUAUCAUCAGCAAGGAAGAAGGCGAGAUUGCCUCCGAGCAGCCUACUCCCUCAGAGACUGUUGAAGACCCUAUCUUUGACAUGGACAACGAGUCGGAGCAGCCGGCAGGCAGCCGAGACUCAGUGCCCGUGGAGCAGGCCAAGAACCCGCCGCCGUCGCCAGCUAGCACCCAACGUGUGCGGACACCACCACGGCCAUCGCACAGCCGCUCGUCCAGCAAUUCUGGCUUGCCCCCGCAGCUGCAGUCUCUCCGACCUGCGUCGUUGCCCCAUCCCUCCGCGAUGCGUCCACCACCCGUGCGGCAUACGACCCCACCGAGCGCUGAAUCGGCGGAGAGGAGUAGAGCGCUGCGGGAGUCUCUGGUUGGGGAAAAACCCCGUUCGGAGGUCGUCGAGAGUCCUAUCAACGUCGCCCCGGGGCGGGUCAUUCCAGACGAGCCGCACGACCCUCGAGAAGAGGAGAUCCUGAAGCUCGUCGCCGCGAGCACGCCCAGUCACCGCAGCGCUUGGAAGAAGAACAGCAAGGCGUGGCAGGUGUUCUUCAGUCGACGGGAGCUCAAGGCGGGGGAGGCUGCCCCGGAGGCGAUCGAGGAGGAGGGCAGCUAUGUCCUCGACGACUUCGACCCCGCGCUCGGGCGGCGGUUCAAUGGUAUCGCGGAUAGCGACGUCACUGACGAGGACGAGGGUGAUGACAACAAGUGGCCAGAUCGCAACGACGACCAUCCCAUCGCUCAGUCGCUGCCGAUUCCCAUCGGGCUCAACCACCACAGACAGAUAUUCGGCAUACCCGCGUAUGAACCGAAGACGUCGCUGUCAGAUCGCCCGGGGUUGCUCGUGCCCGCUCUACGCAAUUCCUCGACGUCAUCGUCGCUUCGACGAGCUUCAUACGCGGAGCGCGAUCGCGUCCGACCGGUCGACCCUGGCGCGCUCGAUUUCGCGGGGGAUGACGAGUACGACGAUGACGUCGACAGCGACCCCGAGACCGGGGGCAAGGCCCGCCAACGAGCGUUGAAGAUAUUGAAGGCGCGGAACGAACUGCCAGCAGCUGGCAUGUGGAGAAGCCUGGCUUGA